GAAUUCACUUCCAGGUCGAGGGUGGCAGCUGGGCUGGGGGCGCCCGGCUCGCUCCUGUACGGUGGUUGGGGCCCGCCCCUCAGUAGCAACAGCAGGAGGAGAGAAGGACGAGGCUGAGGGUCCCCGGUGCAGAAAUGGAAGAGGCUUCACCAUAUUCUCUGGUUGACAUCUGCUUGAAUUACUUGACUUCUGACCUGGAGAAGUUCUGUACAGAAAGGCAUGAUGGGACACUGUGUCUACAAGAACCUGGAAUAUUUCCACAAGAAGUAGCUGACCGAUUGCUGCGAACAAUGGCAUUUCAUGGCCUGCUAAAUGAAGCAACUGUUGGCAUUUUUCGAGGCAACCAGAUGCGCUUGAAAAGAGCUUGUAUCCGAAAGGCCAAGAUCUCUGCUGUGGCAUUUCGGAAAGCAUUCUGCCACCAUAAGCUGGUGGAGCUUGAUGCUACCGGUGUGAAUGCAGACAUUACUAUAACAGAUAUCAUCAGUGGACUUGGCAGCAAUAAAUGGAUCCAGCAAAACCUUCAAUGCCUUGUGCUGAACUCAUUAACUCUUUCGUUGGAAGAUCCCUAUGAAAGGUGCUUCAGUCAACUGACUGGCCUCCGUGCAUUGAGUAUUACUAAUGUUCUCUUUUACAAUGAAGAUCUGACCGAUGUGGCUUCACUUCCAAGAUUAGAAAGCUUGGAUAUAUCGAACACCUCAGUCACUGACAUAACUGCACUGCUUGCCUGCAAGGAUCGCCUCAAAUCUCUUACCAUGCACCACCUGAAAUGCUUGAAAAUGACAACCACUCAGAUUUUGGAUGUCAUCAGAGAGUUAAAAUUCCUGAAUCAUCUUGACAUUUCAGAUGAUAAGCAGUUCACAUCUGAUAUUGCACUUCGCUUGUUAGAACAGAAAGACAUAUUGCCCAAUCUUGUAUCUUUGGACAUCUCGGGGAGGAAACAUGUUACUGAUGAAGCAGUCGAAGCAUUUGUUAAACAGCGACCUGCAAUGCAGUUUGUAGGCUUGCUAGCCACAGAUGCUGGCUAUUCUUUAUUUCUCACUGGAGAAGGAAACUUGAAGGUAUCUGGAGAAGCAAAUGAAACUCAGAUUUCUGAAGCUCUGAAGCGUUACAGUGAACGGGCAUUCUUUGUACGGGAGGCUCUCUUUCAUCUUUUCAGCCUUACACAUAUUAUGAUAAAAACGAAACCAGAAAUUCUAAAGCUAGUAGUUAUUGGGAUGAAAAAUCACCCUCUGAACUUGCCAGUGCAGUUAGCAGCGAGUGCCUGUGUAUUUAACUUGACUAAACAAGAUUUGGCAGCAGGCAUGCCUGUUAGGCUUCUGGCAGAUGUCACUCAUUUACUCCUUAAGGCCAUGGAGCACUUUCCCAAUCAUCAGCAGUUGCAAAAGAACUGCCUUCUGUCAUUGUGCAGUGACAGGAUCCUUCAAGAUGUUCCAUUUAACAGGUUUGAAGCUGCCAAGCUUGUUAUGCAGUGGCUAUGUAACCAUGAAGAUCAAAAUAUGCAGAGGAUGGCUGUAGCUAUAAUCUCUAUUCUUGCUGCAAAGCUUUCAACAGAACAAACAGCCCAACUUGGUGCAGAACUCUUCAUUGUCAGGCAACUACUUCAAAUUGUGAAGCAAAAAACAAAUCAGAAUGUUGUAGAUACUACUCUUAAGUUUACACUGAGUGCACUUUGGAAUCUCACUGAUGAGUCCCCAACUACAUGUCGGCACUUUAUCGAAAACCAAGGGCUGGAACUCUUCAUGAAAGUCUUGGAGUCUUUUCCAUCUGAGUCUUCUAUCCAACAAAAAGUUCUUGGCCUUCUGAACAACAUAGCAGAGGUUAAGGAGCUCCAUUCAGAGCUAAUGUGGAAAGACUUCAUAGACCACAUCAGCAAGCUGUUGCACAGUGUGGAGGUGGAGGUCAGUUACUUUGCAGCUGGGAUUAUUGCUCAUUUGAUAUCGCGAGGAGAACAAGCCUGGACAUUGAGCCGGAGCCAGAGAACGUCACUCCUAGAAGAGCUGCAUUCUGCCAUUUUGAAUUGGCCCACUCCAGAAUGUGAAAUGGUGGCAUACAGGUCUUUCAACCCAUUUUUCCCCUUGCUUGGCUGCUUCAUGACUCCUGGGGUACAGCUAUGGGCAGUAUGGGCAAUGCAGCACGUUUGCAGUAAAAACCCUGCCAGGUACUGCAGCAUGUUAAUUGAAGAAGGCGGGUUGCAUCAUUUGUUUAACAUCAAGGAAAACAGCCAGACUGAUCCGGAUGUUCAACGAAUCGCUAUCUCAAUCUUAGAUAGCUUAGAAAAACAUAUUUUACGGCAUGGGCGGCCACCUCCCUGUUAAGAAACAGACAGAAGCAAAGCCAGAAUUGAAAGAGAAAUUUGUAACAGGGAUUAGGUGUGUAAAUUAUCCUUUAAUAAUCCCUUAUGAAGCAUCUCUAGAUGGAAUAACUUCUGCAGCAGUGUUUACCAUUAAAACAUUUUGCUAGCUGUCGUGGAAAAAGGCAGAAUUUAUGGCUGGCAAAUAUUGUCUUUAAUGGUCUCUGCUGAAGCGUUUUUAUGAGGAUCUACAGUAAAUUCCUAAAAUGGACAUUUCUGUUAGAUCGCCUCUGGCCAUGGAAAAAAUGAAGACUGUACAUUUCAAAUGUACAUCCAAAAUGAAACCUCUAGGAAUUUGUGAGUUUGAGUACAGAGAAUCAUUUCUGCUUGCUUCAUCCUUUCAGAAUACUUGUGUUUAAAUAGAAGUCUCCACCAACUCAGUAUUUGAAUUUGUGCUUGUAAUGUUAGCACUAUCCAGAUCAAAGCAAAGUCAUGUAUUCACGUUAAAACACGACAGGUUAUGAGUAAGGUGACCAGAGAUGUUCUGUUUCUCUGGGAAACCUUUCUAAACCCAUAUGGAGCCUUCAGAUUCAUCUCACAUUUCACAUGUUUUAUGAAGCAGGAGCACUUGAGUUUAUAAUCAGCUGUCUUCCCUAAUAUAGUGUGAUGAGAAUCUGCUUAUAGGAAGAAACAUGAGUUCUGCUUCAGGGAGCCAAAUGCAUAGGAGGGAAAGCAGUGAAUUGCUGUUUAAGACGAGAGAAGGAAAAGAGCAAACAGUGCUAUUGCACCUUUAAAAAAUAAGUGUACAUUUAACAGAAGAGUAGGAAAACUGUGGAGCUCUCCACCAAAAGGAUUGCUCACCUUAGGGGCUUGUAUGGACCAAGGAUAUCUGAUCACCUUAUUUAUGACAGACUAUUAAUUUGCUUUGCUGUUUCUCGUAAAUACUUCGUCAGUAUUUGUGCAGUGAACUUUAUGUGCAAGGCAAGACCAUACAAAAUCUCAUCCAACAUCCUAUGUAAAGUCUGGUGUAAAUGACAUUGUUGUGUGGAGUAUUAAAGUUUUACAUAAAACUUCCCAUGGUUAAAAACUUC